AUGGAGCAGACUACUACAGAUCACCGACAGGCGUCAAGCCUACAAUCCGAACCUCGAAAGCACCCCCACAAGUCCGUUCGUGUUGCUUUCGGCCCCGAUCUCGAAACUCACAUCCCCCCCCGCGCUAUCUCCCCCGCGCCCGUUGCUGGACAUCACCGAUCCUUUACCACCGUUGAGGUGAAACAGCCACCUGUGAUCACACCUGAAAGACCCACGAGCUCGUCAGCCGGCGAAAACUCAGCUAUCCUCGAUGCAAACCCGCGAUCGGCCAUGGAUCGACCGCAGGAGUCCGCGCGGCCCACCGCGGCCCUGAAGAGAGCCAAGAGCGAUUAUGGACCUAGGGUGGGAUUUGACAAAGCCAUCAAUGAUGAUGAAGAAGAAGAAGACAUUGCUAUGCGUCAUGGUUGGCAGGAAGAGUAUACUUCUAGCGAGUACCUGAAAGUCCUGCACUCGAAUUUCUACAUGUACUUUACAGAGAAGCGCCAUGAGACGAAUGGCAUUCCACGCGAUCCCGUUGGAAGCUGGCCGAGUCAGGAUUGGCGCAUGAAGGACCGGCUUAAAACAGUCUCCGCCGCGCUUGCGAUAUGCUUGAACAUCGGUGUUGAUCCUCCCGAUGUCGUGAAGACCAACCCCGCGGCAAAGCUCGAGUGUUGGGUCGAUCCAACAUCCACCACAUCGCCUGGAGGUUCAAACAAAAUCAUGGAGCAGAUCGGAAAGAAGUUGCAAGAGCAGUAUGAGACGCUGAGCUUGAGAACUAGGUACAAGCAGUAUCUUGAUCCUUCAGUGGACGAGACCAAGAAAUUCUGCAUAUCAUUGCGUCGUAACGCCAAAGAUGAAAGGGUGCUUUUCCACUACAACGGUCACGGUGUCCCUCUUCCUACCCAGUCGGGUGAGAUCUGGGUCUUCAACAAGAACUAUACCCAGUACAUACCGGUCUCACUCUACGACCUGCAGUCAUGGCUCGCAGGCCCGAGUCUGUUCGUCUUCGAUGUUUCGCAUGCGGGCAACAUCGUUUCCAAUUUCCACACAUUUGUCGAGAAGCACGAGAAGGAGAAUGUCGAGGCAAUAAAGCGGGACCCGAACGCCAUCGUACAGAAUUACGGGGAUUGUAUCAUUCUCGCAGCAUGCCACAAGAACGAGUCGUUGCCUACGAAUCCAGACCUUCCUGCAGAUCUUUUCACCUGCUGUCUUACUACACCGAUCGAGAUCGCGUUGCGCUUUUUCAUACUUCAAAACCCGCUUCAAACCAACAUCUCCAUUGACGAAUUCAGGGUGCCUGGUCGUUUGCAGGACCGUCGAAGCCCCUUAGGAGAGUUGAAUUGGAUUUUCACUGCGAUUACUGAUACGAUAGCUUGGAACACACUGCCGCGAGCCCUCUUCAAGAAGCUCUUCCGCCAAGAUUUGAUGGUGGCUGCUCUGUUCAGGAACUUCCUAUUGGCUGAGCGGGUGAUGCGCACAUACAAAUGCCAUCCAAUCUCAUCACCUGAGCUACCAGAGACCCAUCAUCACCCUCUGUGGAAAAGCUGGGACCUGGCCGUUGAAAUGGUUUUGUCACAGCUUCCAGCUCUUAUCGACCAUGAAGAAGGUCGCAGGCAAUAUGAGUACCAGCACUCGACAUUCUUUGCAGAACAGCUCACCGCGUUUGAGGUGUACCUGUCGUCUGGCCCAACGGAGAAGAAUCCACCUGAUCAACUUCCUAUUGUCUUGCAAGUUCUCCUGAGUCAGGCACAUAGAUUGAGAGCCCUGAUCCUGCUGAGCAAAUUCCUCGACCUGGGACCUUGGGCUGUUCACCUGGCCCUGAGCAUCGGUAUCUUUCCUUACGUCGUAAAGCUUUUGCAGUCUGCAGCUCAAGAGUUGAAACCUGUCAUGGUCUUCAUCUGGGCAAGGAUUAUGGCCGUCGACCACACUGUUCAAAACGACCUACUGAAGGACAAUGGGAUUCACUACUUCAUCUCCAUCCUCAAUCCAUCCUCUCCGAUUCCGGUGGGCAAUGCUAGCGAGCAUCGAGCUAUGUGCGCGUUCAUUGUCUCAAUCUUCUGCAAAAAUUAUCCUCAAGGUCAAAAUGUGUGCCUUUCCGCUGAACUUUUUGACUCUUGUCUCAAACAUCUAUUGGAUGUCGAGAACCCUCUACUGAGACAAUGGUCGUGUCUAUGUAUCAGCAUGUUGUGGUCCGACUUUCCAGAAGCGAAAUGGAUGGGUAUCCGUUGCGCCGCUCCCGCCAGGCUCUGCGAACUCAACUUCGACCCUGUGCCCGAAGUACGCGCUGCUAUGUUGCAUGCAGUCACGACCUUCUUGGGCAUUCCGGAUUUGACCGAUCAGGUUGCGCAGAUUGAAGAGACUCUGGCUAUGGCAGUCUUGCCGAUGUCAUCCGAUGGCAGCGUAUUAGUGAGAAAAGAACUAAUUGUCUUCUUUUCAGCUUUCGUCAGACGUUACCAGAACAAGUUUUUGAUUGCGGCAUACGAAGAAUUCCAGGACGAGAAGCAAAACCUAGUUUCGAAGUUGAAACACGCAGGUUCCCGGCUUCCCAGUGAGAAGGAGAUAUCGGAGAUUUCUGUUAAUUCCAAGAAGUCGCAUAGCCUGUCACGGAAUACUACCUUUGGAACCAUCUGGAAGCAACUGCUAAUUCUCUCUGUUGACCCCCAUCCCGAUAUUGCGCAGGACGCAGGCACGAUCGUGGACUAUAUCCACAUCUGCCUUCUGGACUCCCCUAUGGCCUCAUUGACUAACAAGAUUCGAGACGAGAUUCUGGACCUCUCUAGCCGGGUUUCUCAGAAAUUGCAGGUCGAAAAGCCAGAAUCGAAGAAGACCGCGCCUCCGCCAACACCACCUGCUGCCGCCCCUCCCAAACAGGAAGGCUAUCUUUCACUAAGCAUCAAACGGACUGCGAGCGUGGCUGCCUCGCUUAAGAAUCUGGCCUUCGGCGGUUCUAAUGCGUCAGAGCCUCAGUCGCCCCAGUCGCCACAAGCUCUGACCGCACCUAAGAGUCGAAUGCCUAUGACCCCCAGAGGACGAGCCCCGCCCGAAUGGACACGGCCCCCGGAAGUGAACGACCAAGUUGCUCCUGCAACAGCCUAUAAUCAAGCUCCGACCCCUACAUCGCGAGGCUUUGAGCUACGGGAACCUUUUGCGGUCCCAGCUAUCCCCUUGAUAAGUCGGUUCCUGGACUGGUCCACAGAGUAUUUCCGGGAACCCCAGAUGAAACCCAAUGAGCCCGACGAGCCCGGCAGUGCCGACUACAACGAGCGCCUCUGGAGACGAAGCCGCAAUGAAAAGAUUAUUUCGGAGACCCAACCCCUCAAGGGCAAGGCGGGCAGCAGCCGCUGGGACAAUUCAUUGUGUCUUCUCUCUAACAGUAGUCAGCCUCUUAAAAUGUGCUUCCAUCAGUUUGAGGAUCACAUUGCAGUCGCCGAUGACAAAGAUACUAUCGCAAUUUGGGAUUGGCAAAGGCACAAGCGUCUCAAUCGCUUCUCCAAUGGCAACCCGGCUGGCUCCAAAAUCAACGAGGUUCGGUAUAUCAAUGAAGAUGACCAAGCUCUCUUGAUGACGGGGUCAUCUGAUGGUGUGCUGAAAGUUUUCAGAAAUUAUGAGUCGGCGCACGACGUGGAAAUUGUUACUGCCUUCAGAGCUUUACCCGAACUCAUUCCCAGCAAUCGCAAUGCUGGACUUGUUCUGGAUUGGCAACAAGGCCAGGGUAAGGCGUUAGUUGCAGGUGACGUGAAGGUCAUUCGGGUGUGGAACGCUGCCACCGAAGUUUGCACGAAUGAUAUCCCUGCUCGUUCGGGCUCCUGUAUCACUUCCUUAACAUCCGAUCAGGUCGCGGGCAACAUUUUCGUGGCGGGAUUCGGCGACGGUGCAGUCCGGGUGUUUGACCAGCGUCUCAAGCCCACGACGUCCAUGGUCAAGGUCUGGCGCGAGCACAAGCAAUGGAUUACCAACGUUCAUAUGCAACGUGGCGGUUUGAGGGAGCUUGUAUCCGGUAGUCGCAACGGAGAGAUCAAACUCUGGGAUCUUCGCAUGGACCUUCCCUUCUCUACUUUCUCUGCCACGAACGACACACUGCGUACAUUAAGCGUCCAUGAACAUGCUCCGGUCUUCAUGGUAGGCACAAACCGCCACGAAGUCAAAACCUUCAACGUCGACGGAACCUAUCUCUCGACCUUCGAGCCCUACUCCAGCUUCCUCCACCACAACCGCUCCUCCCCGAUCGCCAGCACCGCUUUCCACCCUCACCGUACCAUCCUGGCCUGUGCUGCGCUCAACGACCACCACGUAAACUUGGUGAAGUGCUAG